CACCCAAACCAGUGGGAACGCUACUGAGGGGUUGAAUGAUUAAGCUGAGGUCGUUUGCUGUGCCAAGGCUGCAUUUUUGGACGCUCUGCCACGGAGGGACAGUUUGAAUUUUUCCCUGGCCAAUAAUCAGCAGACCCCACCUUCCACUGAGCUUCCACCUAUAUGAGCGAGUGGCACGCUUACAACGGACAGAAGCCCUCAGCACUGAGACAUGCCUUCAGUGGGACUGGAAAUACUUGGAGUGACGCUGGCCGUCCUGGGAUGGUUUCUGGCCAUGGCAUCCUGCGCUCUGCCCUUGUGGAGAGUGUCCGCCUUCAUCGGGGUCAACAUCGUGACGGCCCAGACCACCUGGGAGGGCAUCUGGAUGAACUGUGUGGUCCAGAGCACAGGUCAGAUGCAGUGUAAAAUCCAUGACUCCAUGUUGGCCCUCAGCGGUGACCUCCAGGCCGCCCGCGCUCUCACCGUCAUUUCCAUUGUGGUGGGCCUGAUGGGUAUCCUGGUAGCCAUGACGGGGGCCAAGUGCACCAACUGCGUCGAGGAAGAGCGUGCAAAAGCUCGGGUGAUGAUCGUGGCCGGGGCGGCGUUCCUCUUGGCGUCUCUGACACAGCUCAUCCCGGUGUCGUGGUCGGCACACACCAUCAUCAUGGAGUUCUACAAUCCCGUCAUCCCUGAAGCUCAGAAGAGGGAGAUUGGAGCGGCUCUGAUGUCUGCCGGCCUGGAGUUGAUCGGCAUCUCCCUGUGCAUCUUGGGAUGGAUUAUUGCCAUCGUGGCGUGCGCCCUCCCCAUGUGGAGGGUGACGGCCUUCAUCGGCAGCAACAUCGUGACGGCGCAGAUCAUCUGGGAGGGCCUGUGGAUGACCUGCGUCGUCCAGAGCACUGGCCAGAUGCAGUGCAAAGUGUACGACUCCAUGCUGGCCCUCUCCCACGACCUGCAAGCGGCCCGAGCCCUCACCGUCAUCUCCAUUCUUUUGGCCAUCUUGGCAGUGCUCGUGGCCAUCACCGGCGCCAAGUGCACCAACUGCAUCGAAGAUGAGGCCUCCAAGGCUAAAGUCAUGAUCAUCUCCGGCAUCUUCUUCAUCGUGUCGGGGUUCAUGCAGCUCAUUCCCGUGUCCUGGUCGGCCAACACCAUCAUCAGGGAAUUCUACAACCCCUUAAUGACGGACGCCCAGAAGCGGGAACUUGGCGCUGCGCUCUAUAUCGGCUGGGCUGCUGCCGCCCUUCUGAUCCUCGGCGGCGGACUCCUCUGCUGCUCCUGUCCGCCCCGUGAGGCCAGGUACAGCAAUUCCAGAAUGGCGUAUUCUGCCUCACGAUCCGCCGGCGGACCAGGGAUGGAGAGGAAAGACUAUGUGUGAAUGUGAACAAGAAAAAAGACUGACAGUUUCUCUCCACGAAGAGACAAACACCAGACUCCACCAUGAAGGAUGCGUUUAAUUUUGUCUUUCACAAAAGGAAAUAGAAUGUGGACAUUUCCUUUAAUCACUUCUAGAAACAACAGCGAGGAGUAAAUAUUGUCAUCGUGCUCCCACCCCCAAAACAUCUUCAUGUUGUCCAGUUUCGAUCCAAACAGCAUAACGCCAUCUCAAGAUAAGGUGUAAAAAAAUCCAAGCUAAUCCAGUUUUAAUAAUAUUAAUAAAUGAAACACUAAUAAUAACACUGCAUUGUACAUGGAUAUCAGUGCACAGUCUCAUCCACAUUUUGUAUCCUAUACAACUUGUCUGUAUCUUUUUCAAUAAAUAUCAUCUGUUAAGGUCA